AUGGAACUUGGCAUUAAACGGACAUUGAAAGGAAACUUAAAUGGAAAAGGGCUAACAUUUGGUACAUGGAACAUUCGGUCGAUAAAUGACAAAGAGGGCGAACUAAUUAAAGAAUUUGAAAACAUUGACCUAGACAUACUAGCUAUAACUGAAACUAAAAAGAAAGGAAAACAAACAGUUGAAUUACAAAAUGGACAUAUAAUGAUUUUGAGUGGGGUCCAGAAUGAGAAAAGGGCACAGGCCGGAGUUGGUUGUAUUAUAAAAAGUACCUUAGCUAAAUUUGUAACUAAAUGGGAUACUAUAUCAGGAAUAUUCAUUAUGGUACAAUUAAGGCUUGAAGACAAGAACACGAUACACAUAUUAAUACUGUAUGGCCCAAAUGAAGAUGAAAAAGCUGAACUAAAAUACAAGUUUUGGGAUGAAGUUACGGAAGUUGUAGACAGUUUAAACGGAGAUAUUAUUGUUCUGGGGGAUCUAAAUGGAAGGGUUGGUAUUCAGGAUUAUGAAAGCGGCGAUGACAUAGGAAAAAAUGGAGAGGCUAUAAGAAAUAACAACGGGACUAGAAUUAUAGAGUUCUGUAUACAGAAUUAUUUAUUAAUCAUGAACACCUUUUUCAGACACAAAGAAAUCCAUCAGUACACGAGAGAAGUUAAAAGUCGAAAUGAAAAAUCCAUAAUUGACUACGUAUUAGUAUGUAAACGAUUAAGGCGAUAUAUAAAAGACGUACGAGUUAAAAGAGGCCCCGAAAUAAACAGCGAUCACUACCUGGUCUUAGCAAAAACCGGCUAA